UCACUAGUUUAUGUUGCCAUAGCACAAUGGGUGUGCCAUAAUCAAACUAGUGCAGCAGAACCGAAGAUGCUCUGAAACAGUCUUGAGCACAUACUAUUGUAACCAGAAUACACACUACCCUGAGUAUGUAAUCAGAUUAUAGCCCAUGCUGAAACUCAUGCUGCUUUGCCUCCAGUCCUGCAUGAUGAAGAGAAAUUUAGCAGAGGGCUUGUUUCAAAUGCCCUUGCACCUUUUGUUUGUUGAGAUGCUGACUUUUGACACAAGUAGAGCUGAUGCCAGAUAUAGACAAAAUAUGCUUUCCCGGGGAAGCAAUGUGUUGAAUGUAAUAAAUCUUCCUGCUUAUUUUACCUGUGCCAGAGGGCAGAAAGCCACAUCUGCUGCUUUGGCCCCUGCUGCUGGAGGAGAGACAGUAGGGACAAUUUUUGUUAAAUAACUUCUUUUCCUCAAAAGCAGAAGUCACUACUGCAACACUUAAGGGUAUAUAGAAUAAUGAUCCCAGGUUUUCAGAACUCACUACAUGUUUUCUUUGUCUCAAUUUUAUUCUGUCUUUCCCAUAUUAGGAUGAGUUUAAUGUGGCCCUUUGACCUAUGAGAUGGGUCCAGUGCUUGUCUCCUAAUGAGCCCUUCAGUCUCACACAUUUCUAAUUCUUCACACUGACAGAAAUGUAGGCCUUUGCCUGAGUGAAAACUCAAGCCUGGGAUUUAAUCCAUUGUUUUCUUUAAUUUUACUCCUUUUACUUCAAAGAGUUCACACAGCAAGACUAGAGGGAUUGAGUUAGCAAUAUUAAAGAAUAAUAGCCUAUGCUGACGGAUAAGAGUAAAAAAACAUAUCUUAGGAGUCUGUCUUCAUGUGCAGUGGUGCAGCUGUGCUGGCUUCAGGGAGGAGGCUGUGCUGUGGCACCUGGCCUCCAGCUGUGGGCUCAGUUCUGCUCCCAGGCACUCCAACAUCACCCCCAGCCAUGUCAGCUGGUGUUUGUGUCCUAAUGUCACAAAAGAAAGUCACACUGUUGCUUUAUUUUUAAAUCCUCAGAGUUUAGAGUCUGGGGAUUUUCUUCAGGAACAUUCAGUCGAGUACUUGGGCAUCUUUGUUCAAUUUUUAAAUCAUCUUUAAAAUUUUCACAAACAUCCCAAGUCCCAUUAUUUAUGUUACAUAGGAGCAGAAUAAGCACCCCAGUAAUGUAUUCACUAAGACUUACUGCUAGACCAUAUAAGGAGAAAAAAUGUGUUUUCCCUGAAACCUGAUUUGGUAUUUACUAUAAAAUGCACCCAGAGCUAAAAUCUUUAUACUGUGCAUGGAUUUUAUCACAGAUAAAAACUUACUGUUCUAAAGACGAGAGUGCUGACUAAGCAAAGGUUGUGUGAAACCUCGUAUCAUGCCCUUUGUCUCACUGAUCCUCUUGUCAUCAGCUGCUCUGCCUGCAAAAAUAUAUGUCACUCCUGCUUAGUGCAUUUGAAGACACCCAGCUGAUAGCAGGAUUUAUCCAGUUUUAUGCUGCCUGAGUCAAGUAUUUUGGGGCCCUUCUCUAGGUACACGUGGGGAAAAAUGUUCUCUGAAAUGUGAAUUUACUAACUGUGCCUCAGUCACUGUCCACAAACACAUCCAAGCACAAGUACCCAGCAGGGCAAUGGUAUGUGUGUGUGAAGCUUCCACCCAAGGGUCUCUCUCAGUUGCAAAAUGAAAGCAAUUUAACAUACAAUGCAACAGGAGAGUUGUGGGCAGAGACAGGAAGAGUGAGCUGGGCUCCUUGUGCCUGUGGCUCAGCAGGGGGAGCAGCUAAUUUUCGCCAUGCUGGCUUCAGAGUCUCCUGUGGACUUAGACUUGCUGGAUCAUUUUUGUCACAUACAUUGUCUUACCUUGCCCCAUGCUAACACUUGCUAUGGGCACUCCCAGUGAUUUAUAUCCAGACCAAGGUGGUUUUGUACCUUCCUUACCAGACUUAUGCCGGAGAUGAGUUUCCUUGUGAAAGGGAGACUCUCCAUCCAAUUUCAAGUGCUUUGCUUUGUUGAGACACCAAGUGUCUUAACAGACUGGAGAAUCUGAUCCAGAAACCUUAUAAAGUAUCGGGAAUAUUUGAGUAUAUACCAAAGAAACCAUUAUUUUCAUUCCCAGAAUGCAAGACAGUAGGAUUACACAGUGCCUAAUAAUUCCACACUUCAUAAGUAAGAGCAUAUUUAGAGUACAGAAAAAGAUUUUAGAGAGGAGUGGUUUGCUUUUAGCUCUUUAAGAUAGCUGUUAACUGACAAAACCUUUUGUUGUUGUUCUGCUGCUUUAAACAAAACUCUCUUUAAAAAGCAGUUUAUGAGGAUCAAGUUGCAAAGCUCAAAAUAAUCAUACUGAAAAAUAAAACCCUGAAAGCUGGGUCUGGAAAACAGCAAAAAAUCUGGACCACAAUAAAAGAAACCUAAAAUUGCCUAUUGUCAUAGCUUUAAUAUUAACACUAUCUGCUUUGGCAAGCUUUAAAGACUGGACUGCACUAUAAAACCUAAAAAUGUCCUGGACUUGGAGUUGUUUACACAAAAUAUGAAGAGAUAUAAAGUUACAGAGCUGGGGGCUGGAAGAGGUGGCUUUAAAACCAUCCUCCAUGCACUGAUGUCACGUGGAAGCCAGCUGCGGGGAUGAUGCUGAACGGAACUGUUUUUCAGUUAGCAGAAGUUGAGGAGUUAUUCAAAGAGAGUUACAAAUACCACCCCAGUUGAAAGGUUGUGUCUUGCUCAGCUUUCUUAUUUCUUUUAAAGAUCAAGAUUCACAGAACUGGAUCCCUGCUAGUUAUGUGUUUCAUUGCUUUCACUGCUGCUUAGAAAUGGACAGAGAAACUUCUAAAGGAUUUCUUAUUCCAUGAAAGGAAACAUUCAGGGAAGAAAGAAAAAAAGCAGAGCUCUCUUUGCUAUUGCACAGACUGUAACCAUGGACCUGCGUAAACAACUGGAGAAUACUGAGAGGAACUGGAAUAAAGAGAAGAUGGAAUUGCUGGAGAGAUUUGACAAUGAAAGGAAAGAAUGGGAAUGUCAAUGGAAGAUCAUGCAGAAGAAAAUAGAAGAGCUCUACCAGGAGGUAAGACUUAGAAGGGAGAGCAAUAUGAAUGUCCGUGAUAACAAUGCCAUUCAGAGCAAGAUGCUGCAGCUGUCUAUGCAUUCCCCUACUUUGCAAGAGAGUGACACAGUGGAGCUGAACUUUCAACACAAUAUGGAAAAUGACAAAAUGGAAAAAGGGAGUUUGCUCGGUAAAACAGGACACGAAUGUAAAGAAACCAGAGCCAAGAGCAGAAACAAUACUCUGUUAAUGGACAAUCUGGCCUUUGAGAACCAUGAGGAACUUGAAGACAGCCACAGCACCAAGCCCUCCAAGAAAAAUACCAAGAAUUAUAUUGGUGAUCUCAAUGUAGCUCUUAAAGAACUUGCCAGAGUCAGUGAAGAAUUAUGCAGCUAUCAAGAAGAAAUUCGAAAGAGGUCCAACCACAGAAGAAUGAAGUCACUUCCUUUCCUGGGGGAAUUUGAGGAAACCCAAAACACGGUUAUUCUGCCUGAGAUGAACCAUGUGUCCAGCAAUGAAUCACAGACUUCAGUUGCUUUUGAAACAGAGGAACACAAUAAUAGGAAGAAUCUGAUGAGCUCCACCAAGGCUUUGAAGGACAUGUCUUAUGGUGAUCUUACUGGUGACAUAGGAACAGACUUCAGACCUUGGCAAAGGAAAGAAGCUCCACCAGUUCCUCCACGGAGCACUUCUCGGCACCUAACAAACUCACUUUCUGCAGCUGUACAGCUUUCUGAAGCACCAAUAAGAGACUCAGGCAUCAAAAGCAAUUGCAAGGUUCAGGACUGUUGGAGUGGAGGGAAACUGAAGAAUUCUUCACCUGUAAACAAGAAUGAAUCUGCAGCAGCCUGUGCAAAUGAAGGGCAGGCUGUGAAAGUUCCUGUGAUGGUAACUGCUGCGGUACCUGUAACCAAAAAUGAGUGCAAAGUUCCAACAAGUUUCUGCCAUAACACAUGGGCAUAUGAUGUGGUCAAACUUGGGAAAGACAACAGAAGUGAGCCUUUCCAACUGUCAGCCCAAAAGAGUUGUUCAGAUGGAAAUAUGGCCCAAAGCAACAAGAUGCACCAGAAACAAAACCCCAAGUCUCACAGCAGCCCUUUUUAUAGUAAUGACUUUUGUACCCCCGCUACCCUGCACAGUGACCUUUUGGAAGACACCAGAUAUACUUUGGGAAAGACCCAAAGAAAUGAAAUGUUAGCAGCAAAGAUUGAUGAGUUUAAUCGGACUGUAUUUCACACAGAUAAACAUAACAAUGCUCUGCAACAAAACCAGGUGCCUCAAACAGCAUCAGAAGAUCACAAACCCUGUGGGCCACUGUGUGACUCUGCUACUAGCAGGACAGACACUGUAAAUACGUCUUGUAUUUCAAAUCCCAAACUCUCUGUAGCCAAGGAGCAAGAAGCUAGCAACCCCAGCAAAGCUGUCAGGACAGCAGGGCAACAAAAACAAAUGAAUGGACUUCCAAAUACUAGUGGUUAUAGGCACAUGCUCCAGGAGCAUGACUGGAGACCAAGUAAUUUAUCCGGUCGCCCGCGUUCAGCUGACUCAAGGUCGAACUAUGGUGUUGUUGAAAAGCUUUUGAAAACCUAUGAAAAAUCAACAGUGACUUCUCCGUGUAAUGCAAAAUGCUGCAAAGAUAAGUGGACACAGGCAAAUUCUGAAUUCACUGAUGGGGGUUGCGAGAAACUGAGUCAGUAUUUAGAAAUUCUCCAGAUUGAGCAAGAAAAGCAAGAAUUUCCGAGGAAUUCAGCCAAGCAUAUUGGGCAACAACUCAAGCAAGGAAAAGAGAGACAGAAGUUACCAGAGAUCUGUGUGCCAGCUAAAUGUUCAAGUGAGAAGGGUUUUUCCCGUCCCGCUCGGCCAGCAAAUCGACGCUUACCUUCCAGAUGGGCAUCUAGAUCCCCCUCAGCACCACCUGCUGUGAGAAGAACGGUGUACAACUGCUCUGUCUCCUUUCAGUCAGAGACCUCAGUAGUCUGAACCCAGAGCUGGGUUGGAUGGUGUUGUGAAAGCUCUACACCUCAUUAUAACUGUGUUUGGUAUGUGUCAUAGCAACCAGUUCUACACUAUUGUAUUUUGUCCAAGAGUGACCCCCACCACGUGCUGGACAAAGCAUUCUGAAUCUUAGGUCAUCAUCACUGUGGUCUUCAGUGUUUUUAUUGAGAUGAAAUAACUAUACCCCUGGUUUUCUCUGGGUUUUUUUUGGUAGUAGUUCACAAGGAAUUUAUUUUGAAUGGCAUCUUCCUUAAUUUGCCAAUCAAUUUUGAGUCAAAACAAUGUAUAGUGCUGUAUAUUCUGACUCUUCUGCAAACAGCAGAACGUAAAGCUGUAUGCAUGAUCAUGUGUUUGUAGGUGCAUGUGUUGGACUAGGAAGUAUACGGGCCUGUACUUAGAAGAGACAAACUGUGCUAGUGUUGACAUUGAAAUUGCAACCUAUAUGCCUACGUAUAUAUAUACUUCAUGUUUAUUUUAAGAAGUUUGAAAUAUACAGUCCUGAUGACAUUUAUAUUUUGUAUAUCUUUUACAUAGGUUCACAGGCGUAGUAUUUAGUGUAAAAAAUACUUAAAUAUUCAUUUUUUGUGACUGAUUGCAGCGAUAAUGCCUUGCACAAUAUGUAUCUGAAGCAGACUAGCUCGACUGAUUUAUCAGUCAUGCUUCAUGGCAUACUCGUUCGGUUUCCUAACCCUUAUGCUAGGUCAAAAUACCCAAACAUAUUUUUUUCUGAAUUAAAAUAUUAUAUUAUUUGUAAUAUGUUAGCCUUUUUCAGCACCAGAGACAUUUCUGAAAUGUUCCAAUCCCUUUAAAAAGCUUAAAUGUGCCAUUUUAUAUAUAGCAUACUGUAAACACUUUGGUAAUUUCAACUACUGUAACAUACAAUUUAUGAAGGGAAGAAAAGGGUUAUAUAUGCUCAAUUCUGUAAAACUUAUUUUUCCUUCUAGCAUUAUACUUUGAGGUUUGACAAAGUCAAAUAACAAUGGACUUGUUUACUUUCACUCAAGGCAGGAGAACAAACACCGCUGUACCCAGUGCUGCAGCCACACUCCUCUUUUACUCUUCUCCUAGACUAGAGUGCCUGAGCCACUUGCUCAUUUACUGUUCCCUGACUGACUCAUGGCAGUCAGUUACAAAGUUUACUUGCACUCUGGCAACAAGCUGCUUCUAGUACGGAAAUAUUGCAUCGAGGUAUGAUCACAAUUGUGCCCAAAAUCGUAGACACGUGGCGUUGCAAGUAUGUUUUUGCCAUCACUUGACAUGGUAUUAUGGGCCAUCUGAAUGACAUGCACAGAGCCUGGCUUGUUCCUUCCCACAGUGUGAGAGAAACAUGGAUGCUUCUCACACUCUGAACUUUCAGAAAGACAGUGUCUGUUAUCCUGGAAUUUUUGCACCCUUUGUUAGGCUGUUGCUGGAUGCAUAGUGCAGUAAUGAUGAUAAAUGUUACCUUUAAGUAGCAUGUCUAGGUUAAAAGGAGUAAAGAGGCACUUCUUCAACAUCAGCCUGAUCUUGUCUUACAACUUUUCUUCUCCUGGAGAAACAUAGGAUGUUCAAAGGAAUUUUAAAAAUCAUCCCAGGAUCCAUUAAUGUGCACAUCUUAUGUGAAUGUAAAAAGGAUUUCAGAGAGAGUGUAGGCUUUUGUCCUAGUGAAUUGUAUAUGUGGCAAUAUAGGGAAAAUUAAUUGUGCUUAAUUUGGUAGUGAUCUGUUGUCCUAUUCCAGUCAUGUUGAGAAUUCAUGCCUUUUUCCUUCCUUUUAGGACCUUAUUGUUCUUUCCUCUACACAGCUUUGAUUUUGAAGAGAGAGAAAACGGGAGGCCAUGUGUUCUGAGCAAUAUAGCCUAUAUGGUAGCAUCAGUAACUGUUUGGGCUUGCCAAUAUUAGAACAAGCAGGCAUUAGAGCGCUAAAUCCCACCUUGUCAUGCCAUUGUGGCUAUCUGCUUGGCAAUACCAUGCCCAGAGUAAUUUGCCCUAUCUAGACUUCUGGUCCUUUCUAAGUCUAUCUCACUAAAAUAUAUGAAGACUUCAAGCCAAUCAACAAUUCAUCAAAAUUUACUCAGACAUUGCGAAGUUCUUGCUGGAAAAGAUACAAGGACAGAAAAUCUGAGGAAAAUUUAUACAGUUUGGAUGGAGACAAAAGUCUGUGUGCUUAAGUGAAAAAUCAAGAGUUCUAUAAAUUUUCCUGCUUGCCCUAAUUUAGAGAUUGCACUCCAUUAACUUCCUUAGCACUAAAAAAAUUAGAGAUGAUUCACAGUAAAUUUGGAACAUGGCUUAAUAUUCUAACUGGAAAUUAGCAAACCAAAAUGCCUUGAAAAUUGACCUUUUAAUGCCUAAGUAGCUGACCAGCUUUAAAUGCCUAAGGCCGAGGAAAGAGUAAUAUGAAAGAAUUGUAAAAAAAAUGGUUCUUUAUUUCAGUCAGAGAUGACUGCAAUAACACUCUUUAAAUUACCUCUAAGGUAAAGUUAAGCAGUUUUGUUCUGAAAAAUGGUGGUGCACUUUUGUUUGAAGUAUUUAACUAUGAAAGCAUUUCCCUUGAUUAGUCAGUGAAGGUGUUUCUUUUGUUCCCUUCAGUUUCUUUGGUUGCCUUUGACAUAGACCACAUUGUUGAAUAACAGAGAAAGGAUCAAAUAUCGACAACAUUCCCUGAUGUAUGUAAGUUUAAUGAACAGAAGGUUUUUGAAAUAAACUAAUAGGUCAAGUACAAGUUCAUUUUGUCAAGGUUUUCUGUGUCCGCCUAAUUACAGACAUUGAUUCUGAUGCCCAGAAGUAUCAAAACUGGUGAUUUUGGUUUGCAGGUGGCUAGUUGGACAUACUAAUUUUAGAAAGUUGCCGCUGUCACUGUUUAAAUAUUUUUUUCAGCUCCACUCAUAACAGGGCCAGUGGACUGUGGUGAUUUUUCUAGUUCCCAUAACUGUGAUUACUGAACCACAGUAAUAGCUUUAUUCACUUAUUUGCUUAAGGGGAAGAGCUCCGUUGGGUUCCGUUCCCCUGUAUUAUUUCUGAAAAGGAAAUCUACACGUACACACACAUUCAUGCAAGAAACAUAAAUGCUCUAAGUAUAACUUGACCUUCCUAUUAAUCCUAGUGUCACCUAUGGAAGUGGUGAGUUUUGUAAGCCUGUUUUAAUAUUAUUCUUCCAUAUGCUGUCUGAAGUCUUAAUGCAGAUAUAUGUUUUUCUUACUUGCACUCUGACUGAGUCUAAAACUCUAUUGCAUGCUUGUGGACCUUAGUGACUCUCUGCAGACACAGUCAGCUGCCCAUUGAAAUAGGGAUGCCACUAGGAAUCAGCUGGCUGGUACUCAGUUGACAGAAAGCAUCAUUCUCCUUCAUGCUGAGAGAUGGAGCCAUAAUUGUUCCUUGAAACUGUUUUAGGGAGGAACAUGGCAGGGUAGAAGCACAUAGAGUAGAAUAAUUUAGACCUUAUCUGCACAUCUACAGAGCAGGCCACCUGGAGGCUUUAAAACUGGCCUGACUCAGCCUCUGCUAGAGGCAGAAGGAGUAGAGAAAAAGAAUUUCCUUUAAAACCCCUCGGUAUCAUUCCUCAAACUCAGAGUACAUUUCCACUAGUGUUUUGUCUUUACAGUGUUAGUGAUAGACUUCUUAUGUAUCUUUAAAAUGUUGCUGAAGAGAUGAACUCUGCUUGUUCUCCACCAACAACAGAAUUAUCUUUCACUAUUACACACACUGUAAGGGAGUUGGCUGUUAUGUAUAGGAAAGAAUUGGAAAUCAGUGUAAUAUAAUUUUCCAGUGCAUUCAAAAUACCAAUCUAUUUCUCCAGUUGUCCAUUUAAAAAAUUGUUUCUGUAAAUAGGGAUUUUGUAUCCAAACGGCUUCAAGAGCAUUUUAGCAAAGAUCUACAGCAAUACAGAAAGCAGGACAUUUCCCUUACAGUUUUGUUAUUUCUGGACUAAAUUUCCUAGCAUGCAAGAACUUAUGCAAUUCUCACAGUGCUGCUAAUGCAAAGAAUUUCUUUGACUCUGAGAUAUGUAAGAUACAACUCUAGCCAUUAUACUGCUGAUAUUCUCUAUUGGACUCAUCUGUAAUGGUGAAUUUGGUUGUGUUCAUGCUCUUUAAACUGAAAAGUGGAAUGCAUUUGCUCUAAAUGCGCUAAUCAAAGCCCCUUGUUGCCUCUCUGGUCUUUCCACCCCUUCUCAAUUUCCAGUGGAUGUGUAUUUUUAUGUGGUUUAUUGCCAUUGGUGUGUAUGUAUAUGUCAUACCAUAGGACUUUCUAUCUGUACUGCAGCCAAAAUAUUUUUUGGACAGCCUAUUCUAAAAAGUUCUGAUAUUACUACUGCCAUUCACAAAUACAUUAGAUCUUGAUCUUUUGUUUUGCAUCACUGAAAACGCACUUUCUUUAUCAACUGUUAGUGGCAUAUAUUACACAAAACUUUGUUUUUUGAAGUUAUAAUUAGGCUGCUUUUGAAGUUUGAUUCUACCCCUCCCCCUUGCAUCUUUUGUAUUUUCAAAGUGCUUGCAUCAGCAGAGACAUCUUUCUGAUGUGUAGAGUUGAUGCAGUUGCUGUGUGGCUGUGGGAGCUCAUGCCUAAGGGAGCCUUGCUAACUAUGUUACUCUAAAAUUAUUGUAUCAGAAUUUCCAUGGGGUAAGAGAGAUUGAACCUUCAACAUGAUCAGAGUGGAAGUGUGGUUUAUGCCUUUUCUCUAGUACCUGCAGUCUGCAAUAUUUCUGUUUAAGGGUCCAGAGUUUGUUUUCUCCUAGUGGUGCAUGUCUGUGUGUGUAUGGCUGAGAUGUACUGAAAAAUGACACUAUAGGGGAGUCCAUACAUCUUACACUUUUAAAUCAGAUUAUCUAAUGUGUAAGCCCAAAAUAUUCCACUCUAUUGCAUGAGAUAAUGUUACCCUGUACUACAGAGUAGAUUUGAUCCCAAUAUGAAUUGGGGGAAGAGAGCAGACACUGCACAGAUAGGCCUAAAGUAUGUAAUACAAGCAACUAAGCUGCGCUGGCUGAUGUUAAGAGGUGAGCUAAUGGGGUGAGGUGACUAGUCACCUCAUUAAAGCCAGAGGUUCUUUAAUACUAGGUCUCAGUGGAUGCAUAGACUUCUGCUAACCUGCUAAUGUGUCACAGGGAUUGUAAUGCUAAGAAGCCUGAUUUUGAUUGCCCUUCCACCUGGAGGGAUGCUACUUGCCUGUGGCAGAUGUGCCUACAUAGUCUUUUGCCAGUGCCCCUUAAAAUUCCAUAAGGUAGUUUACUGCAGCUAGAAGAAUUUCUAAAUCAUAAUCACAGUAGAAAAGGACUUUCAUUAAAGAAAAGUGCAUUUAUAUCUGAACUCUGUGAACAUGACCACUGCCAACUGUCAUGGUGACACAGAAAAUCAGACUGAGUUUUACUGCUAUAUCAUGAGAUAUCUGCAGCAGGUCAGCUGUUCUGGUACCAUAUAUGAUGUAAAGCUGCUUAAGAUAUUGUUGUUGGAAGCGCACCACAGAGAGAUAUGUAUGUACAUACGGUCUGCUUGUUUCUUUGCAGAAUCUUUCUAGUUUCCACAAAGAUAUUCUGUUUGUUUUGGGAGUUUGGGAAUUUUUUUCUCCACAUUUACCUGAAAGCAAUUGAGCUACCCAAGUUAUUGCUGAUAAGAAGUCUCAUAGGUGUUCUUCUGAAACCAAAAUAUCUACUCAGAGAAGUAGCUGGCUACCAAAGGAGGUAAGAUGGUAAGAUCUAAGUUGAACAAGCCAGUUCACAAACUGGCUCAUACGCUGUUACAUGUCUGUGUACACACACACAUCUUAGGAACUUAUCCUCCAGGAAAUCCCACAUGUCCAAGGCAGUUUUGCCAUAUGACACUAUUUACUGCAUAUAGGAGUACCAUAGUCACACACAUAGUACAUACAGAAAAAUGAUGUCUAAUACUGUAUGUAAACAGACUCCUCCCAAAGAAUGGUGCUGAAAUGCUUUACAUUAAAAGCAGCAUGUGACUUAAUGAGAUCCAGUAGGUUUUGAAAUCCCACUUUCAUAUAAGUAAAUGCAAUCAAAUCUUUUAAUGAAAGAAACAUGCUUAUGCAUGUCACUUUUUCCUUCCAAAUAUUUCAAGCCUGUCUUACAGCUCUGAUCCUAAUUUUGCCUCAUGUACUGCAGGGAAAAAAAAAAAAAAAGAAGGGAA